CGUAUUUUUUUUUUUGGUUUGUGACUUCUUGGUUAUGGUUGUCUACCUACUGUUCUUAUUUAAAAAAUAUUUAGUAGUUAAAUAAUCAAAGACAAACAAAGUGUAAAAAAUCUAAAUAGGUAAUAGAUGUAUUUUUAAAUUAUAGACAUUUAAGUUUAUUUCAAAAUAAAAUGGAGAAUAUAGCCUCAUUAUGGGAUAAAAAUUCUGAAGAACUACAGCCUUUAAGAUUACCUAAAAGUACACCAGAUGUAAUAGCACAACAAGAAGUAACGCAGACAAGAAAUGAAUUAAAUUGUAAUGUUGAAUUUCCAAAAAGUGGUAAUGAACCAGCAAAUACAAUGGAAGAUAUAAUUGCAAAGUCAACAUUAAAAGUGGAUGCACCCGAGUGGUAUCCCUCCAAUUGCAUUUCUAAUGAUUGUCUUGAGCCUUGUGCUAGUGUCAAAAAUAUAUAUGAUGAAAACAUUUCAGGAACAAGUGAAACCAAAAUAGAAUAUUUGCUAACAAAUGAUGAAGAUUCUCCCGACAUUUUCAGGUUAAAACAAAUUAUUGGUACAUUAUCGAAAGAUCCUGGACAGUUCGAUAAUUUACUUGAUUUGUUCAUGGAAACUCUCCAACCGUACUUUGAAGAUAUACUAGCUUUAUCAAUAACGGCACAACUUCUAGUUGAACAGGCUAUAGUUGAUCCCAAUUUCAGAUAUACAGGUGCAAGGUUAUGUUGGUAUAUAGAACAAAAUUGUCCUGAAUUUAGAGCCGAGUUGCAUCUAAAAUGUAAAAAGCAACUUGAGCAAAAUGCAAACAAACAAAAUGUAUUAUUGUUUAUUGCUGAGCUCUAUACUCAACUACCCCAUUUAACUAUUUAUGGAGCCUUACUUAUUGAAUGUUUCAAACAGUUAUUAGACGAAGGUGGUAAUGACAAUAUUAAAUGCAUCUGUCAAGCAUUGAAGUUAACUGGACACUCUCUUGAAUAUAGUAACAAAUUCGAGUUAGAUGAGGUUGUAGUUCGACUUAAAUUGGCUAAGGAAUCUGCAACUGGAUCAGUGAUUAAUUUAAUAAACUCCAUCUGUACCUUAAGAUCAUCUAAUUGGGGAUAUUCAGUUGAGUCAUCCAAUGAUGUAGAUGAUAUGUCAGACAUAUUUUAUUCUGCGGAACUUGUUAACACAACGUUCUAUCGCACUGAUGGAGAUGCAUUCACUAAUGAAGAGAGAGAAUUUUUGACAGCUCAUUUAGACUCAAAUAUAGAAUAUUUGAGUGAUAAUUCUGAUCCAGAUGAUUUAUGUGAUCCAGAACCUGAAAUGGAUGCAGAAAUUCAAGAAGCUUUUAAAGAAUUUAUACAACUUAGUAAACAUUAAAUUAUUUCAGUUUAAUUUUUCAUGUUUUGAUAUAUUGUGUUUUUGCUUAACUGUAAUGUUUACAAAUAAUAUUCAUACUAAGCAUUUUUGUUAUACAAAAUUUUUACCUGAACUCUAAUCUAAUAUCUAAUUACUAGACUCUGAAUUUCGUGUCCAACAUGCGAGAGGACUUUUUAUUUAAUGAAAUGUGAUAUAAUGAAUAGUAAAAAUAAAGCACCACAGUCUUUGUAAAA